UGCGCUCGCCAUGCUGCGAGGGCCGCGGGCCCUGGCUCCGGCCGCGGGGCCGCCCCCCAAGGGGCUGCCCACGAUGAGCCCCACGGAGCUGUGGCCGCCCGGCCUCAGCAGCCCUCAGCUCUGCCCGGCCACCACCACCUACACCCAGCUGUACCCGCAGACUGUGCCUCCCGCUGCGGCGCCGGGCACCUGCCUCGACGCCACCCCCCACGGACCGGAGGGCCAAGCUGUGCGAUGCGUGCCUGCUGGCCGGCUGCCGGCCAAAAGGAAGCUGGACCUGGAGGGGAUCGGGAGGCCUGUGGUCCCUGAAUUCCGGACUCCCAAGCGGAAGUGCAUUAGAGUGGAUGGCCUCCCCAGCCCCAAAACCCCCAAGUCGCCUGGGGAGAAGACUCGCUAUGACACGUCGCUGGGGCUGCUCACCAAGAAAUUCAUUUACCUCCUGAGCGAGUCUGAGGAUGGGGUCCUGGACCUUAACUGGGCUGCUGAGGUGCUGGACGUGCAGAAGCGGCGCAUCUACGACAUAACCAAUGUGCUGGAGGGCAUCCAGCUCAUCCGCAAGAAGGCCAAGAACAACAUCCAGUGGGUAGGCAGAGGACUGUUUGAAGACCCUACCCGGCCUGGGAAGCAGCAGCAGCUGGGGCAGGAGCUGAAGGAGCUAAUGAGCAUGGAGCAGGCCUUGGACCAGCUCAUCCAGAGCUGCUCUCUGAACUUCAAGCACCUGACGGAGGACAAGGCCAACAAGAGACUGGCCUACGUGACUUACCAGGACAUCCGUGCUGUGGGCAACUUUAAGGAGCAGACGGUGAUCGCUGUCAAGGCCCCUCCGCAGACGAGACUGGAAGUGCCUGACAGGAGCGAGGAGAACCUGCAGAUAUAUCUGAAGAGCACGCAGGGGCCCAUCGAAGUCUACCUGUGCCCGGAAGAGGUGCAGGAGCCCAACAGUCCUGCCAAGGAGCCCCUCCCCUCCACCUCCGCCCUCAGUCCCAGCCCUGACCCCACCCAGCCCAGCAGCAGCAUCAACCCUGGAAUCACGGAAUCCACGGCAUCCUCAGCACCAGCGCUGAUGUCCCAGCAGGUCCUGCCGCCACUCCCGCCGUCCCUUGUCCCGCUGGAGGCCACCGACAGCAUGCUGGAGCCGCCACACCCACUCCUGCAGCAGACCGAAGACCAGCUCCUGUCCCCGACACUGCCGUGCGGCUCCCCUCUGAUCAGCUUCUCCCCGCCCUUGGACCAGGACGACUACCUGUGGGGCCUGGACAGCGGGGAGGGCAUCAGUGACCUCUUCGACACCUAUGACCUCGGGGACCUGCUGAUUAACUGAAUGGCCCCUGCCUGCCCCCCGGCAACCCCGCCAGUCUCCACCUCCUCACAGGCAGACUGACAGGCCCUCUGCCUGCACA